AUGAUCUUAAAGGUCUCUUCAAACCUAGAAAUUCUGUGAUUCUGUGAUUCUGUAAUUGGAUACAUUUUGAAUAUUAUUUUCAGACUUGUUUCAAACAUUUGUCAGCUCUAGCUGAUGGCUGCAGUUGAAGAGUAAUGGAUUGUUUUCAACUUUGUGAAUGGUGUUUUUCAGCAAGUGGAUGUUAGAAGCACUGAAAUUCAACUUGCAGAGCUCCUCAUAGCAAAAAGCACUUUUUCUCUCAAAAGGGUUGUUUGUGUUUUGGGUUAUUUUAAGUAGCCCACCCCAGUAAUCUUUAAUCCUGCAAGACUGGGAUUAAGUGCUAUGGACACAAAACCCAGACAUGUUUGUAUAUUUAUUAUGUAAGUAAGGAGAAUUAAAAAAUAAGCAUAUUCUUAUAGUCUACUAUGUGAACAAUGUUUGCAUUACAAAAAUGAAAGUAAAGAAGGAUGUUUUACUUUCUUUGCUAUCUGAGGCUUCUGUUAAGGAGAAUAAGGUGGCUGGCUGAGAAAAUAUCCCAAAUAGACUGUGAAAACUUUGAGUUUCACUUGGGAUCUUACUCUGUUUGGGCAUGCUAAUGCAUUAACACAGGACUUUGGGCAUCAAAUGGCACUUUAGCCCACCUCAUUUCCCAUAUUGACAUUUACUGUGCACACUUCUUGCCAGUUAGUUCUACCCUAUGCAAGCCCCUUUAUUGCUUUCAAGGUUUCUUUGUUAAUUCAGUUCUUUAUCCUCUGUUACACUGUGAAAAGCCCUGAAGGGCUGAGUUUUGUUGUUUGCCUAGGUGACAAAACAGGAUUUGUGUUAGAGAGCCUUAACGUGUGGCUGAAGUAAGAGUAUAUUCCAUUAAUAACUGCUUUUUUACCAUUUGGUAUUCUAUUUUCAAUUUCCAUGGCUAAAUCAGUGCUAAAAGCCUUUACAAAAUCUGCCUGGCAGUACAAUUUAUGAUUAGACCUGAGGGGUGAAGGCUAAGUUGGCAGUGUAUUUCACAUAAACAAGUGCUUAGAGUUGUGGGUUGAAAACGCAAUUUCUCUGGCACACAGGCAAUGUAGGACAUUUUCAAAGCCUAGACAAACUGAGACAAUGUUAAAAAAAAAAUCAAAGAAGGGAAUAUUUCAUGCUCUGACUUGUAAUUUUAAUUGUUUUGGGGUUUUUGUUGUUCUCACAUGCCAAGUUAGCAGCAAAAGCUUGCUAUUCUUUUACCUACAUUUUGAAGAUCAUGUGUAAUGCGUCUAAAUCCAAGUUCCUGAAAAGAAAUGCUUGCUUUUGGACCGUCUGAACUCUUCUAGGAACAUAAUGUACUUUCUUCUCUCAGCAAUGUGGUGAAAUAAGUGGGUUAAACCCCAGUACAUGUCAGAUUCUUCUCUGACAGGUUUGAAAUCUAACAAAUGGCUGAAUACGCUCCUCCUCCCUGUAAAGUAUUCUGGGGAGUGGGUUGAACAGGUUAAAUACAACUUCUUCAAGAUUGGCUGUAAACUCUUAUACAAGUUUCAAAUCUAUAUUCAGUAUCAUUAGAUUUGGUUUGUAACCUAUUCUGUCAGUAAUGAGUACCUUAAUUUUCCCUAUUAAGAAUAGGAAUACUUGUUUGUCUGAUUGACCUGGACAUUUCUCAAGAAAAGCAUGGACCAAAAGGAACCUUCUGCUAAACUUAUGUGUUCUUCCCUCUCUGACCUCCAAUUUCUUUGUUGAAAUAUGUUGCUGGGGAUUUUUUUUCCUUAGAACUUCAAUUUUUGAAUCAGCCUUUGGGACAUAUGGUUUAGAAUAUGGUAGGACAUCCAAACUACCCGGGAAAUAUUUUCACAAUAGCAAAAUCUUGUCUUGACAAAAUGCAACUGCUAAUGAGUAAUUACUGCUGAAAAUAAACGGCAGUUGAACUGAAUAGAUCAUUACCUUAUGGAAGUGGAACCAUGUGACAAACAAAUCUGAAAUCUCUGUUUUGCCCAAAUAGACAGUGGAAUAUCUACAUUGAAAUCUUGAACUGAAGUAGUUUUUUCUCUUCCCCUUACUUCUCCAUCUAAUGCUUUCAAGGGACUUCAUUUAUUUCUCAGCUCACAUUAACACAAUGGAAUUUUAGGUUGAAAAUAACUGGGAAACUUAAUUCAUAUGUUUCACAAAUAGUUGAGUUUUGUCUCAAAUAGAUUUUUAUUGUGUGUUUCACAACUGAGUUUAUAAAUAAACUUGCACAGUCUGCAGUUUAAUCAGGCCUAAUCUUUCCCCAGCACCCACAGGAACUGCCAGUGAUACAAACAUUUGGGAAUUCUGAUUGUAUAUACAUUGAAUUUUGAAUUGAAUCCUUUCAUCUCUCUCAGAGAAAUUCUUUCCUGUCUGUUAUCUAGAAACCAAAUUAUUGAAGUUAGUAUCCACUCUUCCUGAAGGGAAAAAGGAAAAUGUGAUUUUUUUUUUAAUACAAAUUUAUUAACGCACUUAUUGUUUGGUGGAAGCUGAGUCUUGUUGCUUUCUUUACUGUGUGUCCUUAUAGACAUCUUACUGAUGUACUUUAUUUUUCUGUGUGAUACACACUUGCAACAGUUUUUAAACUAAGUAUUUAUUGCAGUUGGAAUGUUUAAAUAUAAAUGUUAACACUGAUUAUUUAAAACUCUGAGAGGAUGUAUUUUGUGAUCAGGAUUAGUAUAUCCAAGUCACAUGAGUGAGUGUAAAGGUAUUUUCAGUUAAGCAUGUAGUAUUAAAAGCAUUUAGCACUUGACAGCCUAGAAAGAGAUGGAGUUUCUCAAAAAAUAUAUUCCACCUUCCAGGAACCCAGAGAAGCCUCCACCAGCGGUCUGCUGUCACUAAUCCUAUGUUGGGAAGUCAUAUCUGAUGUUCUGAUUUCAAAAGCAUCCUGCAAUAAAAUCAGUAUAUUGAAGAUAAGAACAACAGGCUGGAAAAAAGUAGAUUGCUGGUACUAGAAUAAGCAAACCAACUGGAAGUUUGUUCUUUGAGAGCUUACUUGGACAGAGUGUGUGCACAUUUAGUUUUUUUAAUGUGCAUGUGUAGUUGUAGUUCUGUUAAGCUCCCAUGAGGAAAUGAGCUCUGAGACAGGACUUGGAAGAUAGUCAUGGUAGAUGAUGUCAGGAAGAGAGCUCAGGCCAAAAAAGCCCUGAAUGCAGCACAAGAAUGUGAUGCAAUAAUCUUUGAUUCUUGCUGCAGACUGCUCAGUGUGUGGUGGAGUUUUUGUCGCUUUUCCUUUUUUUUCCCAAGUGCACAAGUAUAACCUGUCAGCUGGUGUGAUGAAUGAUGCUGGUCUGUAGCUGGAGUGGUGUGGCAAGCCCUUCCCCGCUUCAGGACACUUAGUGCUGCAGAUCUGUGAUGCAGCCCCAGCUCUGUCCAGAGGACUGUGGGGCAGGGAGAGGCCACAGCCAGAUUUGUCUGUCUGUGCAAUAAGGAUUGAUCUGCAGGGAACCAUUUGGAAAGCUAAGUCGUGCACAUCUUUCUGCAUGCUCAGGAUAAUCAGCAGCUUCACUAUUACAAUUAGCAUCCUUGCUCCUAGCUCAUGCCAUGAAGAGAGCUGUUUUUCCCAGGUUUCUCUGAAACUUUGGAGGAUCUUGCCUAGCACUCUCUGACAGGUGUCUGGGGGACCACAGGCUUCUUGUGUGACUCGUGCUGGUCACAGCAGCCCAUCUGCUCAGUGUCAGAGCCAAAGGCUGGGCUGUUCAGUGCAGGGGCAGAAGUGCUGCUCCUCAGGCCACUCGCUGCUGUAAUUUUCAAACACAAGUGUUGCAGCUGGGAGCUGGAUCACCCCAUCCCUUUUUUGAGGUGGGUUUAAGGGCUUAUUUAUUUAUUUUAACUGCAACGAUUGCCAGGAUUUGGUGUUGUUGUGGGGUCAACAGGCUGUUAUGUAUGAAUAAUAGAAAGAGAACUCUUCAGAACUUGUCUGGAGUGUAUUGUUUGAGUAUGGGUACAGUUGUAAUGUGGGUAAAGGAGGAAGAACUUUUAAUGAAAACAGAAGAAUUAUUUUUCUAGUUUUAAUCUGGAAGUGGGUGGGCUGCCACUGGAUACAAUUGGACCAGUGUGACUGAACUACAGAAUAAUAAGAGUGACUGCAUAAAACUGUAUUGUUUUCUAACCACAUAGAUAUGGGCUAAACAAUAAAGAUGAGUUCUCUGUGGGUAAUAUACUGCACACCAGCCAGUGAGUCACAGAAGCAUUGCUAAAGUGAAAUAAUUCCAGCAUGUGACUUGACUUGUGACUCUGAAUGAAGAAAUAGCAGUCGUUUUGACAUGUUUUCUGGAAGGAGCUUCUUUUUCUGGGGGCCCCAAUCAAUGGGGAGAUUUAAGUAAUUGUUAUGUCACACUGUAACUUUUGUAAUAAUGUCCUUCAGCUUGUCAUGGUGAAGGCCUUUAUCUGACAAGAAGGGGGAGGCCUUGCUUUUCUUCCCCAUUCUCCCUGGGGUGUGGUUCUGCUGCCUUUCUACUGCCCAAUGGGGCGCUUUUCAUCUUCACUGGGAGCCACUUCAACUUGCACACUGAGAAAAUGCCUGUGUGCUUCCUUCCUGGUUUUCUUUCCUAUCCUUCUGUUCUGGAUUAACUUUUUGCUGGCUUGUAAGAUUCAGUCAUCUCAUGGAGGGAUCCAGUGGUUAUCAGAAUGGUAAAAGGAAUGAGGAAAGUGUGUCAGGGAAUGGGAGGAAAAGGAUCGUGUUUGAUCUCCAAGGAGCCCCUGCUAGUCUGGCUCUGCUGUAGCAUCUAAUUCCACUCUUACAAUGUGUAUGUGUGGACAUCGUAAAUUAAUGAUUCAGAUGCAGAACAAGCGACCUUUGAGAAUGCUGUCAUGCAGAGUUUUAAAAUGUAAGGAAAUGUCAGACUUGAGGGUACUCGUGCAAAAUAAAUUCUGUACACUUCUAGGUACUUCUCAUCUGUUACUGUUAAUACCCAUUUGCUAUCCCUGAGUAAGUUGGUUGGGUUGCCUCCUGGAGAGACUCUUAACUGUUUCUUCAUUAGCAAACUCUGUCUCAAUCUCCAUCCAGACUCUCAAUCUUCUUCCAGUUCACUUUAUUACUUCAGCCCACCCAGCCUCCAGCUAUGGUGUGGUUGUUGUUAUUUUUUUGUGUGUGCUUUGUGGGUUAUUUUUUGGGUUUAGUUUUUGAAGUUCUUUCACUGUUUCCUUCUUAAGCAGCCCCCCAGCAUGGCCCUUUGCAUAGUGCAGUCACUGGCAGGAGACUGAGAAGCAUGCUCUAAAUUGAGCUUUGAUUUCAGCUCUGAUCUGACAUGGUCCACGGCUGAUUGAAAUCAUGUGUUGUCCCCCAGGGAGAGUGACUGCUCUGCUGGUCUCAUCGGGACUCCAGCUUGACAGAAAGGUGUACAGAAUGAGAAUGAAGAUUAUGGAGGUUUGAGUCACUGGGCAAGCUAACUAAAGGCCUCCAGCUGCCAAAUCAGGGUAGAUGUGCACCCCUCAUUGUCAUGAACCAUCUGAUGGAGUAGAAGAGUUUAUCUACUCUUACAAAGCUUUCUUUCUUGAAGAAAAGGUCACCAAAUGCUUUUAAUACUGAAAAACACAUCUUCAUUUUCUAGAACAUCUAAAUUGUUUGGCUGAAACUUGUGCAAAAAAAAAAUUCAGCCUCAGGCAGGCAUCUGGUGUGGAAAGUUUCAGCCCAAACUGCUAUUUUGGCAAAGUUGUAAGCAAUGAAAAUACAUUUUAAGAGUGGAAAGUGUUGAACAAUCUCUGUACUAAGGCAGAACUUAUAUUUUCGUGGAUAAAGGGAACCCGUGAUGGAGUCUAAGCUUGAACUGCAACAACUUUUAUUCCACUUUCCUGUAAGGGAAUGCCCUUACCCAACUUGAAAUUCUCCAUCAAACAACUGUGUAGAUUGAACAUUUUUCUAGCACUUCCAUAGCUACUUUAUGCAGCCUUAGGUGUUACCAAAGGGAAUAUGGAGAGGUUCUGGGCUAACAUAACGAAAACUUGAGGAAAAAAAUAACCUUUGAUUGUGAUGGCAUACAAAGGCAUUUUUGCAGGUUCCUCCAGCACAGUGCAAAGGUCGACAGGAAGACAAGCAGAAGAUUCUGUUAUGGGAUCUAGUUUUAUAAUUAUUUCUAGGCCAUUUUGAGCAUAUGCAUCACCUGGGCUGGAAGUUACUGCAAACCCCCUUGAGUGUCUUGCAUUUGCAUCCCAGAGGAGAUGUUGAGAAACACAGCAACUGCCCUGCACAUCCUGUUUUGAUUUGGUUGAUUUAUUGUCCUGUAAUUUAUAGGGCAGCCAUGUGAAGGGCAUGAAUCUCAAGUUUGACUGACUGCACUGUAAAAGAAAGCUCUUUUCAAUUCACCCUGAAAUUCUUACCACAUUUCUGUCCAGCCAUUCAAGCUUACCCCAGCCACCUGCUUUCAUAGCUCUUGCUGAAACUUGAAACUGGAAGAAAGGUAGAGAAAAUCUUGAUACAGAUUUUUUUUAAUGGUAACCCUACACAGAUUUUUUUGUUUUGUUCCAUUAUGUUUUAUUACGGCUCUAUUCAGUGCUGCUUUAUUUCAACUACCCUUAUAGGCUUCUGUUUUGUGUUUAAGGUCAAAAUUGUUUGGCAAAACGUUAAUCUAUGAAGGGUUUAUGGGCUGAUUGUGAGCCAGAACUCUGUUUCUAGGAUCCUAGCAAUAUCACUUCAGUUACUAUCAUAUCUAGUCUUCCAUAUGAAUCAAGGCUUCUUGUAUCUUCCCUCUUGUCACAUUUUUAAGACCUCUGGCCAUUGAUCUCUCUUGCCAUCUCUGUGUAUUUUGCUGAAAUGUUAAGCAAGAAGCUAGAUGUUUUGAAAGUGCAUGUAAUCACUGCUUUCUGUGUUUGGUGGGAGUACUAACACAUCUCUGAAUUAGAACAUUUUAGUUUUGCUUUUGUCCUCUUGUCACUCUUUUGACUCCUACUCAGUUGUGGCUCAUUUUACAUUCACUUCCUUUUCCACAGUACUGCUAGCUGUUCUUCAGUCUGUAUUUAUAUACUUCUCUUUCUUGUUGCUCACCCUCAUUGAAUGUUGUCUUUUUUUUUUUUUUAUUUCAUGAUAGUUUAUGUUGUACUUUAAGGAAAUACUUGAAUUCUACUAUGUCCAGAUUACUGGAUGCUUCAAUUGUUUUUAAAAAAUAAAAAUAAAACUUCAAUCACCAUCCCCUUUCAGACAGGGAGAAAAUUGAACAGUUUUGAUGUAGAGUUCAUCCUGAUUCUACCCCCCUUCAAGACCCCCCUUCCCACCCCAUCCCCAUCUCCUCUUUUUUUUUCCCAUUGCCAGAAACAUUCCAGAUCGCUCUGUCUGCAGUUCUCUGGACAUCUGAGCACAUACAUGCAUUCUUGAGAUAUAGCAAAAGAUUAUCUGCUUCUCAUGUACUAUUUCUAGCUGAGAAAGCAGCAUAGCUGUUUCAAAAUGCAUCAGUAUUCUAUUAGCCCUUUUCCUCAGUUAAUCUGUGUUAGUUAAUUCAUAGCCCUUGAUAUACACCAAGGCUUCAAGUUCACUGUCUUUAUGAUAUGCAAUUAUUUUAGGCAGAUCCAAUUACUGACUUCUAUUUCAAUAAAUUGAAUUCCUCUACAUGAAUGCCUCCUGAAUUUCUCUACUAAAGAUCCUGUUGGCAUAGAGUGAAAGGUUGUAAGGGUUUAAUCAGUUUUAGCGUACUCUAUUUUUUUUUACUGUCCUUUCCAAAUGCAGUUUUGGAAAACCCCUAAUUGUAUUUUCUGAUGGUUAUUUGGUGGAUUUAGUGUAAACUACUGUCUGAGCUCACAAUAUGGCAACACAGCAUAAGAAUUUUUGUGACACGGGUAGUCUUCUAGUGUUAACAGCAUAUGUGAGGAAUGUGAAUAAAUUCAAAUUAGGGGUUUUAAUUAAGAGGAAGAACAAGCAACCCUGCUUUCUGCAGAGGGCUGGUGCUCAGCCUUGUUGGGUUCAAAACAUUGAAGUCAGGAUGUGUCAAAUAUGCAUUCAUUCUCAACUAUGUUUCUCCAUUACCUGUUUUCUUUAAGAACCUGUUUCCCAGUGAUUUCACGUCGCAUGUUUAUUCUUCAGAACUUUUAAAAGGUCACUCAUCAUUUCAAGGGCUCUCUCAGGUGAUUAGAAAUCAGUCUCACUUUCUGAACAUUAGCUGAUCUAGGUGAAAACAUAGUAACUGAGUCAAUUUGUUAUUUAGUUUCUAAGAUUACAGUUGUAGAUGUGUGUUUCGUGUCCGAAGAAGCUUUUACUCCUGUGAUCAAAUAGCAAGGCAAGCCUCGUGGAAAUGAUGAGUUCAUAUAUUGUUGGAAACUAAAUUAGAAUUUUUAAAUUAUACUUAAAAUUUACAAUAUCCUAUGAAAUCUUUGCAGGAGAAAAAAAAAUCUAUGCAAUCUUAUUUACUGUUUCAAAAGCUUUGCUGUAGUUGGGAAGUCUGAUAUGUCUAUAGCCUUGGUGUUCUGUAUUACUAUCUUCUAGGAACUGAAUUCAGACAAUGUCAGUAACCAGAGGGAUUUGUAUCUUAAUAUUCUGGUGGGUACAUGAAAGCAUUUUACCAACUCAGAGAUCAGUAUCAUAGUCUGUAUUUGUUUUGUGCUUUAAGCCACAAUUUUAACUAGGAGCUAAAUAAUAUUAUGCAUGAAUAUAUCUUUACAUCUGCAGAAUAUAUAUAACAACUUUUCUCAAAGUAAAACAAAAUACACAUCCCCAUCACUCCACCUCAGAAAGCAUUGCCUGAAUUUUGUUGUUGGAAACAAAUUUCUUAUUUUCUUGGCAGGGAGAAAAUGUGGGUGGGAUGUAUUCACCUUUUUCUCUCUGUCUAGUUUUUACAGAGCAUCAGUUUGAUGCCAUCCAUAAUAGUUUAUGCAUAUUGGAAUAACAGUUUCUCCCUACAAAACUGUGGUGGAGCAUGACUUUGAAUUAAUUUAGAUGUGUUUUAGUAUUGUCAGACUUAAAAAUCUGCUCUAUGCUAAUGCUAAUUUUAUCAAGUUAAAUAUGAAUUUUUUAAAACUAUGUUCUUUGUAUGCUAUCUCAUUUAAUCAACUGAGGUAUAGUAUAUUCUUAUAAUCACAUGCUUUUGAAUAAUGUGCAGUAUCCCUGGUUUUUAAUUAUUAAUGCAAAUACAACUUAUGUCUGCCAAGACAAGGAGGGAAAAAAGGCAAAUUGAGGUUUUCUCUGUUAAUUGUUUGCAUCCUUCAUUUGUCUUAAUAAGGAACUGCUUAUUUGUGAGUGAUAAGUGUACAUAAAUACGCUGCCAGCAAACCUAAAUGAAUGCUUUUUUUUUUCUGCUGUCUUAGAAAGUAAAUGAGGGAAUGGACAAGUCAGCACUAUUUUUCUCAGUGUUGCUAGACACUUGUUUUUUUUAUGGUUUCAAACAAGCUUAGGGUAAUUCCAGCUUUCUGAGCAAUGUUAGUAUUUGCUCAUCAUGAUCUUCAGGACAUGACUCUGCAGAGUGAAGGGAAAUUUCUGUUAAUCUUAGGAGCUGUAUAGAGCUGUGAUCCUUCAUUUAGAAGACUUUCAAUGGUAGCCUACCCUUAGGAAACUCGAUUAUUUGGACUUUUAAAAUGGGAUGAUGUAUCCAUAUUUAAUGUAACUCAAAUUGUCUUCAGCAGCAUUCUUCUGUGCAUUGUUUCCUAGUAUUUUCAGGAGACAAAAUAUAAUUUAAAUUGCACAGAGGGAUCACUACCUGCUUUAAGACACUUCUUGGUCUUCUCCUCCCAAAGGAAUAGUAAUUUAAGCUUUGAGGUUUAGCAUGUCAUUUUAAAGAAACAGUCCAUUUAAAGGUUAGACUUACUUCCAUAAUCUCAUGUUCUUUAUGGAUUUAAGGGAGUUGCUUUUAAGAGUUUAUAGGUUUCAUGUUUCUUGGUCUUAGUUGAGUAUAGGUUGAUUUUUUUUACCCUCCAGCAUUAUAUUUUUCAAUAUAGAAAUGUUACUGCUGUUUGAUAAAUUUCAGUCUUUUAUAUUAAACUUCUUUUUACAAAUUCCCCAAGAGUUUCCAAAGGUUUAACAGUAUUGAUCAUUCUUUUGCAUACAUUUAAAUUAUCUGCCAUUCUUUUACAGCUUCUUGUAGAAUUGAGUAUCACUUUUCCUACGUAAUCAUUUAAUAUUUGUAUUAUAAGACUUCUGGUAAUGUCACUUUUUCUACUGGUGAGUGUUGAAAAGAAUCUGUAAGGUGCAAGGACACCUUCUUGUGUCAGACCUUCCCCAGAUCAGUCUGCCUGUUUUUGCUCCAGUGCUGUCAAGAAGUGGUGGUGCUGCUGAGAUGACCUGCUGGGUUUUCUUGGGGAAUGGCACAGGCUUUCUGAGUUGGCUGUCAGCAGCCAGGCUCUUGGAGUAUGAACAAGCUGUCAGUCUCCACACAGCUUCCUGUGAAAAAAAACCAAACAACAACGAAACUACGAGUUUGAAAACAAGGGAGACGAUUGUUUUACUGGGUGUACGAUGUCAAACAGUGGGCAGUCCUUGUAGCCUCCCCCACCAGCCUGCAGUGUCAUGUGCCAGUAUGAAUGUUAAAAAAGAAACGCAUACUUCGGAGCUCAGCAUCCAAGAAAGAAAAAAGGAGGAACUAAACAGAGAGCAAAUUAUUGCACUGCUUGCAAGACUUGAGGCUGUUCACUUUUUCUCCUGAGAAGCUUCAUCUUGGCCUUUGUGAGAGAGUUGAGACAAUAGUCAGAGCAGCCACAGUGAUUUUCUUAGGGUCCUUUUCCUUUUUUAAUUUAAUUUUUUCUCCCUUAUGUCUGGAUUCUAAGUGUGCUGCACUGAUCACAAGCACUGGACAUCAAUAUGUGUCAUGUCAUUGUAACAUGUCGGUCAAUGCUCUGGACUCUCCUGAGUAUCGUGGUGGCUUUUGCAGAGCUCAUUGCCUUCAUGAGUGCAGACUGGCUGAUUGGCAAAGCAAAGCCUUCAAGCUCCGAGGAGGUGGACAACAGAACGGGGGGACAGCAGGAGCCCUACCGUCCAACGCUGGGCAUCUACGGGCGCUGCACCAGGAUCUCCCACAUGCAGUUCUCUAGACGAGACACGCUUUGUGGUCCUUACGCUGAAAACUUCAGUGAGAUUGCCAGUGGCUUCUGGCAGGCAACCGCUAUUUUCCUAGCCAUGGGAAUCAUGAUUCUCUGCACCGUGGCAUUUGUGUCUGUCUUUACUAUGUGUGUGCAGAGUAUUAUGAAGAAAAGCAUUUUUAAUGUCUGUGGGCUGCUACAAGGGAUUGCAGGGCUCUUCCUUAUCUUAGGCUUGAUACUUUACCCUGCAGGUUGGGGAUGCCAGAAGGCGAUAAGCUAUUGUGGACCUUAUGCUUCUGCUUACAAACUAGGAGACUGCUCCUUGGGCUGGGCUUUCUACACAGCAAUCGGCGGCACUGUUCUGACAUUCAUCUGUGCAGUCUUCUCGGCGCAAGCUGAAAUAGCCACAUCCAGUGACAAAGUGCAAGAAGAAAUAGAAGAAGGAAAAAACCUUAUCUGCCUCCUUUAACUCCAGUGGGGAAAAAUACCAGCACCUGGAUCUUUAUCUUUCCAUUCAGCUUUCCAUUGACUGGGCAAGCAGAUCCAUUUACCUGUUUUUACCAUUUGUGUGAUUGAGCCCCAUGCAUUCCAACCCUGAACUACUGAAAGGGUCUUUCUUCUUUGCUGGGCAAUGAGGAUCAUAGAAAGGAUCCCAGGAAAGCAGAAUGUAAAUACAUGGGGAUAUUUUUAGUUUCAUUCUGUGAUCAGGACACAGUGGAAUAUAUUAAUCUGACUGGGGAUGUGAGUAAUCACAUGUAUAUAGCAGGAAUGUUGUUAAAACUGAAAAAUCCUGAUUGAUCGGAUUGCCUAACUCACCUUGGUCACUUUGAAGAAUUUGGGUUUAAAAUAAUAAAAGCCAGCACAUUUUAUUUUCUUAAGCAAAAGAGAAGCCUAUUUUAAUGAGGCUUUGUUUCCAAGGGCUCCCCUCACUGGUGUGUAUUUCUUCACCAUCACCUGCUUUGGUACCAUUUUCAUGGAGGUGCUUUUUGGUACUGAACUUCCUAGAAGUACAGUGCCUUCUUGGGUAUUAACUCUUUGUUGGAGAGAGCAAAGCUGAUGUUUACACCAAUCUGAAGGCAUUUAGAAAGUCAAGUCCUUGCCAGGUUUCUCUCUCUUGAAUCUUAGAGCACAAGCUAUAUGCAACUUAGUACUUAGCAGGUAAAUAUUGUUUCCACUGACUAGACAGAAAAGCUGUUGUUAGCUCUCACUUGAUUCAGACAAAACUGAAAUAUUUCUACAGCCUUUAUUAAAACUUCUGAAAUCCCAAGCAGACAAGAGCUCCCCACAGCACCAGCCUUAUCUGGGCUGCAGCCUCUCCUACAACUGUGGAUUCCACAUUGUAAUUCAACAUUGUACUUUUUCUCUCGUCAGUGAAACGACGUUCCCAGACUACAGAUCAGUCUGUCUCAUGACCCAGACGCACAUGAGUCUUUAGGAAAUUUAAAAUUUUGAGGAAGCCUUUACAAAUUCUAUGUGGCUGGGAAGAUUUUUUUCCUUUUUAUUUUUUUUUGUGUCUGUGUAGUAGUAGACCUUUUUCCAGCUAAAUCAGCAGAAAUUAAACAGAUGUUGCCACAAAUACCAUUUUUUUCUCAAAGCCAGCUCGUGUUGUUAUUUGUGGUGUUGCCUCACUUACUAGAACUACUUCUCAUACCAAGUUUGUAAGGUAUUUUAACAAAUAAAGGAAUGAUGCAACUGUGCCAUAGGAGCAUUGGGGAUAAUUGAUCUAAGUAGUUCUAAUUAAAUACUAGGUGAAUUUUAGAUUCCUGUUCUUACUUCUUGGUAGUUUAACAUCAUCUAGUGGCAGUGUUGCUUCACUAUUACUCAGAGCAGAGAUUCUUGCUUUUUGCCUGGUCAUCCCCUUAAAAUGUGCUAUUAGUUAUUAAAAAAUCGUUGUUACUGUCCAGGUAAGCAGCUGCUUUCAAGGCACUGCUGAUGUGCUUCACAAGACAAGAGCUGUUCAGCAUUCCUGACAGCAGGCCUGGGGCAGCCUGGAGGACUGGCAAACAGUCACGGAGCUGGAGUCCCCUUCCAGCACCUGCUGCCCACCAGUGACAGAGCAGCUCCAGCCUGUGCCUCUGUACCCAUGGCACCUGACGCCUGUGCACUGGACAGAUGCACAGGUGACCUCUGGGAUGCAGUGCAACAAAGUCAACUUCUGCCUGUAUUCAUAAAGGGAUUGUUUUAACCUAGUCUCUUCUUGCAUUCACCUGCUCCUGCAACCCACAUCCACCAUCUUCUACUUUAAAACGGGUAACUCAAUUUUCUUUUAAAUAUUGAAUUUAAAUCCCCUCCAAAAGUUAUGGUCUGGGACCAACUGCCGGCACAAAUCAAGAUUUUAAUAAAGCGAAAUUACCACCAAAAAGUGGUGCUUGAGGGUGAAAAUCAGAGCCCACACACCCUGUCCACACCUGUGUGUCUCAUUGGCUUUGCCCCAUACACAUCCCCCACACCUGAAGGACAAUACCCCAGGCUUGUACCUGGGGUCCAGCAAGACUUCCUCCAGGCAUUCCUCCUGAGCCCCUUCUGGAGCAUGCACUGAACCUGCUCAGCUCUGCCCUGCCCUCCGGGACCCUGCAGAUGGAAAAGAGGGGGUAAGCAGUUGUAUGAGUACCAUAUAAAUCAGCUAAAAAUUAAUUACUAAGCAGAUGUACGGUUUUAGCUUACUUAGGUGGGUAGCAACCCAAAGUCCAGGUCACCUCUGCCAACAAGUCUUGACACAGUAUUAGGGUGAAAAAUGCUGCAUUGGCUUAAGCACUUGACUAGGCAGAAUCAGGUCAGGUUAGUCCUUACAAAGGUUGAGAGAGCAACUCUGCUCUGGUUGAGAAGUAAACAACGAACAACCUUCAUUCAUGUUACUAGCUGACCUCUGCUGUGAUCCACAUGAUGCUUAAAAAAUUUCAAUAGUACAUUUUGUUUGAGUUUGGGUUUUUAAGUGGCAAUUUUGCUUUUGUUUGCAUUAGUAACCAAGAAGAACCAGCUUUUCUGCUUGUUGCUGGCAUAUUAUCAGCUUGCUCUGCAAGAGCAUGAUUAACUAACUUGCAAGAAUAUCCAUAUUCACAUAGUACAGAUAGAAGACAGGCUGGGAAGAAAUACAGAGGAGGAAUAAUCAGAAUUUCUUUUCUCAGGGUUCUGUUUUUCCAGCAAGUGAUAAGGUGGUAUAUAUAGUGAAUUUUUUUUUCUUGGAUGAGGUUUUCAGGUGCAGGGUGCACUCAUUAAAUUUCACAGCUGUUUAAAUUGCUCCUGAAGUUCACCUCAGCAGUAGCUUUCAAAGGCACUCUGGGAAAGAAAAAAAGCAAAAUCAGCUUAAAGCUAAUUUAAUUGAUUUCAUGAGGGGGCUGUACAAUGUAACUGCUUCUUAAUGUACAUGCACUGCAUAGGAUCUAGAGGAAUUUGCUGUGGAUUCUUUAAAACCUGUGUGCCAGUUAGUUCAGUUUAACUUUGUUUUGUGGUAUUGAAGAUUUCUUCAGACAUCUGUGGUUUCAUCAACUUCUUAAACUUAUAUUCAGUGAAGUGCCAUAGACCGUUUUUAAUUGUAGCAUAUUUAAAUAUAUAUAUAUAUAUAUAUAUAUAUAUAUAUACACACACACACAUAUAUAUAUAUAUAUAUACACACAGACUUGUGUGAGACGUGCAAUACAAGGAAUGGGUUUUGUGGGGGGUUUUUUGGUUAUUUUGUUGGUUUUUGGGUUGUGUUUUUUUUAGUUUUUGCUACUAAACAAGUGAUUGGAAAAGGGACUUCCCAGAGAAGUGGCUGGAGUUUGGUGGUGUGGAUAUAGCGUAAUGCAAUAAAAUCACUGAUGUUGAAGAUCAAUACAACAGUAAUAAUAACAGCUUGAAGAUUUAACAAAAAUAUCUUCUGGAUUGAUUUUAAUUUCUCAGAAUACAGACAUUUCCAGUGUGAAGCUGUGUCCACCUCUUGCCAGUAACACUCAAAAAGCUGAAAAAGCUCAGCAAGGUUUCUUAGUGUGCUUUAUUUGUAAUGUGGCACUGCAAAAAAACAUUGCUACUGAGCAAUUUCUGGGUUGUCUAUAUCACCUUUGUAUCUAUUUUACUCAAUAAAGUUAUCUGGAUUCUGAGAUUUUUUUUUUUAGCCAAAUAGUUUCCAUUUUGCAUUGUUACCCCCCCCCUCCCCCCCCAAAAGUCUCCCACAUCCUAGUGGUAAAUGGAGAGGAGUUCAGGCCUUCCUUGAAAGCCACGGGCACUGAAGCCUACACCUCAAGGAAAAGGUCCAACAAAAGCAGAGCAUGGCAGCAACGUAAACACAGCUCCUUGGUAUAGGAAGCGCAGCUGCAGUGAUCCAGCUAGAGUAGGUUUUGAGCCAUGGUUUAUUUGUGGUACUGUUUUUCUGUUCUUGACUCACCACUAUGUACAUUUGUUAGCAUGAAUGAUGUACCUAAUGUCUUCUUUUUAAUCUAAAUUUCAAUUAAAUGUGAGUUUUUGAACUUUUAUCAGGAGUCUGACUACCUUAAUACAAGCAUAUUGGACAAGUUGAGCCAAGCUGAGCUUUGAUUGUAGCUUUAAUAACAUUUAAGAUCCUAGUCCAGUGAUGUAUUUCAGAUUCCUAUCUGACUUAUACACUUAAUACUGCUUACUGAUCGGAAAUAUGUGAUCUGAAAUUGUAACUAUGUGUUAUACAAUACAGUUGCAUUAAAGAGACUUUCUAAUUGAA